CAAAGCUGUAAUAUUGCUAUCCAAAUUUCUCUAAUUUUAAUUGUGUUUUAGAGGUUUUUCAUUUUUGUGUAGCAAAAAUGCUGAACAUAGCACACAAUGUGGCCACCAAGGUGACAUCAGCAGUGCACCACAUUGGAGAGGAGGUCUUAGGUCUCUUCACUAUGAGUGACAAUAAGAUCAUGGACCUUAUUUAUGAAACUCAUGUUCAUGCUGAUGAAACUUUCGACGAUGAUUCUCUUUUUAUCAUCACCGAAAACAUCCUCAAGCGUUCUACCCAAAUUGUUGACAAACUCGUGCAGGGUAGCCAAGUACAUGUGGAGAACAUUGACGAGAAGACCCCCAAGCCCAAUUUCAGUGUUCCCCUAUGUAAACUUAAAGAGAUUGGCUGCGAGCUGUCAUGCAAGGCACCAGGUGAGGAUGUUGCACACAAAACAACUCUGGCAAUACUAAACAAGCUAUCAACCUAUCCAUGGGAAGCCAAGGCAGUGCUGGCUCUGGCUGCUUUUGCCUACGAAUACGGCGAUUUCUGGUUCCUUGCUCAGAAUCAGCACUCAGACCAGCUUGCAAAUUCUUUGGGAAUCCUGAAGAGAGUGCCUGUUCUCACUAAGCCUGCUGAGCUUCAGAAACGCAGGCAAGCAGUUCUCGAACUCAACAAUCUGAUCAAGGCAACAUUGCAGGUCAUCGAAAUCAUCUUCGAGUUCGAGAAGCUCUCCACCUACGAUCCCAAGGACAUACCACGAUUGUCCAUCGCGAUGGACCAUAUCCCAGUUGACGUUUACUGGUCAAUCUUAACAGUGGUUGCUUCCUCAACUAAGCUCACUAUUCUCACUGGUGAUGAGGACAAGCCAUAUGAUCUGUCCCCUUAUUCGCAAAAGAUUCAUUACAUACUCAACAAGCUCAAGAUCCAGCUGAUUGUCUGCAGAAGACAAUUCGAGGAGGCAGAGGCUUACCGUAAGAUAAGGAAAAUUUUCCAAACACCAACCGAAGUGAUGGAGGUCUUUAGGGCCCUGACUUUUACCAAGGAUAAACCUCAACCCCUCAUUGAUGGUUCAAGUAACAAACAGGUUAACAUUGAUGUGCUGAGGAAGAAGAACGUAUUUCUGUUUAUCUCGACCCUCGAAAUCACAGAAGAAGAUAUUUCAAUUCUGAAACCAAUUUAUGAAGGAACAAAGACAGACAACAAUUACAAGAUUGUUUGGUUCCCACUUGUGGAACAGUGGACCAAUGAACUCCAAAAGAAGUUCGAGAUCCUGAGGUCCAAAAUGCCAUGGUUCACUAUCCAAUCAAUAUCAGCCACAGUAGGAAUCAAAUUCAUCAAGGAAGAGUGGCAUUUCAAGGGCAAGCCUACACUUGUAGUGAUGAACCCCCAGGGAAAGAUCGAAAACCCCAACGCUCUCCACCUUAUCAGGCUGUGGGGAAUGAAAGCCUUUCCUUUCAACAAAGCUGCCGAAGAAACAAUUUCCAAGGAAACCAGUUGGAUUGGUCCAGUGGUGAACAACAUCGACCCUGUUAUUCAAACCUGGAUUAAGGAAGAGAAAUACAUUUUCUUCUACGGUGGCAAAGACAAUGAGUGGGUCCAACAGUUCAACAAAAGAGCGACCAUUUUCGCAAGCGAUCCGAUCUUCAAAGAUGCGAAGAUCAACAUCGAGCUGUUCUGUAUCGGAAAAAGUCCCAAAGGAGGUGAAGACCAUGGAAUCCUCGGGCGGUUCUGGAAUGGAAUAGAGAGCUUGUUCUUCACCAAAGCUCACAAGCAGAUCGACCCAGUUACACAGGAAAUCCAGAAGCUGCUUUCGUACAAGAACGAGAGUGGUUGGGCUCUGCUGAGCAAAGGGUCUACCGUGGUGAUCGCCGGCCAUGGAUUCACAAUUUUGAAAGCUCUGGAGGAGUUCGACAAAUGGAAGGACACGGUUCGCGAAAAGGGUUUCGAGAUCUCUUUCAGAGAGUACCAUCUGAAGCUUAUUCAGUCGGUCCGCCAUUGUUGUCGUCUUGACAUUCCAAGCGUUAGUGGAAAAGUCCCAGAGAAAAUGCAAUGCCCUGAGUGUCCAAGGACCAUGGAGACCUUUAUCAGUUUUAAGUGCUGCCACACUGACGGUCCAAAUGCACACCAUUAAUUAAUUAAUUAAUCAAGUAGCUCUCUCUCCUCCUAAUUGGUGUCAAUCUCUGUCUGUUUGGAUCACCACGGAAUUUGGUCAUGUUUUAAAUAUUAGUAUAUUGGUACGGUAAAAUAAUGGGUAUCUUGAUUAAAGUUUUUAAUUAUGUGGGAACUUUGGUAAAGUUGCCCCAAAAAUGUAUUUCAAGUGUGUAUUAUUUUUCUCACAAAUAAAUGGCAUCUUCAUUACAUUGGUAAUCUGAAGAUAUGCCUGUGGUGUUGGUUUUGUAAUAUUUUUCCCAACAAUGAAGAGGGUUUUCAUUUGUGGUUUUAACUA